CCCGGCGACGGGGCCGGGGGAGGGAGGGGGCGCCGCGCCGCGCCGCGCCAUGCCGGGCACGAAGUCCUUCCGCCGCCGCCGGCGAGGCUCCGAGGAGGAGGAGGAGGAGGACGAGCAGGUGGCCGAGGAGGUCAGGUUAAAACUUGAGGAAGCCAAAGAAGUUCAGAGCCUCAGAAAACGACCUAAUGGGGUGAGUGCUGCAGCUCUGCUUGUAGGGGAGAAGCUGCAAGAAGAAGCAACACUUGUGGAUGACCCAUUUAAAAUAAAAUCUGGUGGCAUGGUGGACAUGAAAAAGCUGAAAGAACGGGGCAAGGACAAGAUUAAUGAAGAGGAAGACCUAAACUUGGGAACUUCCUUCUCAGCUGAAACCAACAGGCGAGAUGAAGAUGCUGACAUGAUGAAAUACAUUGAGACUGAGCUGAAGAAGAGGAAAGGGAUUGUGGAGAAUGAGGAGCAGAAGGUGAAGCUUAAGAAUGCCGAGGACUCUCUGUACGAGCUGCCAGAGAACAUCCGUGUCUCCUCUGCCAAGAAGACUGAAGAGAUGCUGUCCAACCAGAUGCUGAGUGGCAUUCCUGAAGUGGACCUGGGAAUUGAUGCAAAAAUAAAAAACAUCAUCUCAACUGAAGAGGCCAAGGCCAAGCUGCUGGCAGAGCAACAGAACAAAAAGAAAGACAGUGAAACUUCGUUUGUUCCCACGAACAUGGCUGUCAACUAUGUCCAGCACAACAGAUUUUAUCAUGAGGAGCUAAAUGCACCAGUGAGAAGGAAUAAAGAAGAACCGAAGCCCCGUCCACUGAGAGUUGGGGAUACAGAGAGGCCAGAACCUGAGCGGUCUCCUCCAAAUCGCAAACGUCCACCCAAUGAAAAAGCAACAGAUGAUUAUCACUAUGAGAAAUUCAAGAAGAUGAAUAGGCGAUACUGAUGAGGAGCACUGUCAGAAAUCUUUGCAGGAGCUCUUACUUUCCAUCAGCGCUGGAUCUUGUGUCAGUGACUCAUGGAAGGGGUGGGAAUCACUACCUUCACAUGCUGUUAACUACAAGGCUUUUCUUGUUGUGAUCCUGUAGUGAAUCAGUUCACAGGUGAUUGUGAACUCUUCAGUCAGUAAAAUCUUUUGUAUAACUUACUUUCAGUUACAAAACUUGUUUUGUAAAAACAUGAGCUUUCUGUUGAUAAUUUUUAGUGGGAAAUCAAGCUUGUUUACAGAUUCUUACACAUUCUUAAAAAUACAGAGAGAUCUUUUUUAAAGCAGCAAUGCAGUUUGUCUUGUAAAUGUAAAGGUAGAGGCUAAAACCCGUUUGCUAGAAUUAACUUUCUAAGAGAACUUCUUGUUUGUUCCCAAGGGCUUUUGCUGUGCAGAAUGUGUAAGAUACUGCAGCAAGGUGUUCAGUGCUGCAGCUCUUCGGCCCAGCUUCUGAGCGCAGAUAAGAUGCUGGGAGAAAUCUCAGCAUUAGCUGAGCUGUGCCUGGCCACAGCCUUGCUUGGGUCACCUCACCUGUGCCAGGACUGAGAGCAGAUACUGAGCAGUGGAGGUUAUGCGUUUUUUAUGAUGCACAGUGUUGUUUUGCUUCUUUUCCUCCCUGCAGAACUAUUUCUAUUGCAGUUCAUUGCAUUUUACUUUAGUUGUAAAGAAGAAAGCUGGUUCUGUUUGUAACUGUGUGAAUGUGAGGAAAAUCUAAUUUUCAGCUGUCUUCGGGUGAGAAUUUGAUGUGGCCUGAGACCUGUGCAAGCCAUGUGUUCCCAGGAAAUGCAAUGUGAGGUAACCUGGGGACAAGAUUUUGAACUUAAAAAUAAUAAAAUUGUUUUUAAAUUA